AAAAAGUAUAACAUAUAUAUUUUUAUAAAAAAAAAAAACAAGAAAAAAAAAAGAAAGAAAAAAGAAAAGAAAAUCUUGUGAAAUCAUUGUUCUUAAAUCGUAUAAUGGCCCCAACAAUUGUGGACAAUGCUAUCGUAACCGAAAGUGAAUUUAUUAAUAAUUCCAAAAAGAUCGACAAUUUUAGUAAAAACAAUUUUUGUGGUAACAUUAGCGGUGACAACGCUCAAGCUUCAUCUGAAACCGUCAACGAUUUUGAUUGUGUUGAUGCUCAGUUCAAGCCGCAACAUUAUAUAUCAUUAGAUAAUCAUGAAAAUUCAAGUGAUGGAAUUGAUAUUCAACAAUUGCCCUGGGAAGCUCCCGGCAAACAGGGUCUCUACGAUCCCCAAAACGAACAUGAAGCCUGCGGCGUUGGCUUCAUUGUCGCCAUCGAUGGCAAACGCUCUCACAAGAUUCUUCGUGAUGCCCAGACCCUCUCAGAACGGAUGAAUCAUCGUGGCGCCUGUGCCUGUGAUAAUGACACUGGCGACGGUGCUGGUGUUUUGGCUUCUAUACCCCAUGGAUUAUAUGUGAAGGCUCUAUCUUUGCAAGGCAUUAAUUUGCCGGAUUCGGGCUAUUAUGCCACAGGUAUUUUCUAUUUAGAUCAGCAAACUCAUGGCGAGGCUGAGCAGGAGUUUAAUAAUUUGGCAGCAAGUUUGGGUUUGGAAGUAUUGACUUGGCGUGAUGUACCCUAUAAUUCGAAUGCUAUUGGUGCAGUCGCCCGCAAAUCGGAACCGUUAUCGCGUCAAGUAUUUGUGGUUCGUCCUAUGGACAUGGAUGAGAAGACAUUCGAUCGUAACAUUUUUGUUUUGCGUAAGCGUGCUACACAUGAGUUGGCUAAGGAGGGCCGACGUUUUUAUAUUUGUUCCCUUUCUUCCAAGACUGUGGUCUAUAAAGGCCUCUUCACCUCGGAUCAACUAUGGGACUACUAUACGGACCUAAAGGAUGCCAAUUUCGAAACUUACAUGGCUUUGGUGCAUACCCGCUUCUCUACGAAUACGUUCCCGUCGUGGGAGAGGGCUCAUCCAUUACGUGUUUUAGCUCACAAUGGCGAAAUAAAUACUUUACGCGGCAACGUAAAUCUGAUGAAAGGUCGUGAAGGUGUUAUGCAAAGCGAACUAUUUGGUGAAACUUUGAAAAAAUUAUAUCCUGUCGUUGAGCCCAACUUAUCAGAUUCGGGUUCGUUUGAUUGCGUUUUGGAAUUUCUUACCAUUGCUGGUGAACGCACCUUACCUGAAGCCGUAAUGACUAUGGUUCCGGAGGCCUGGCAAAAUGAUAAGACUAUGCCACAAGAAAAACGAGAUUUUUAUCAAUGGGCAUCUUGCGUAAUGGAGCCUUGGGAUGGUCCUGCGCUAAUUUCUUUCACUGAUGGUCGCUAUAUUGGCGCAGUCCUUGAUCGUAAUGGGUUACGUCCAUCGCGUUUCUAUGUCACCACUGAAAAUAUAUUAGUAAUGGCUUCAGAAGUUGGUGUUUAUGAUGUCGAUCCUUCGCAGGUUACGCUUAAGAGUCGUCUAAAGCCAGGACGCAUGUUAUUAGUCGAUACUAAAGAGAAGAAAUUAAUACAAGAUAUUGAAUUGAAAUCGAAAAUAGCUAAAUCUCGUCCUCAUUCCGAAUGGCUUCAGCAAAAGAUGAUUACUUUGGAUGAAAUACGUAAUGCCAACGCAUUCAAUACAGAUUGUGCUAAUGGGCUUGUUAAUUCCUCUAAGCAAGGCCUUUUCGAUCCACGUCUUUCUCUCUUUGGCUACACCAAUGAAACCGUUAAUAUGUUGUUGGUGCCCAUGUUCAAGAACAAAAAAGAAGCUCUUGGUUCUAUGGGCAAUGAUGCCCCUUUGGCUUGCCUCUCAACAUUCCAACCAUUACCUUAUGAGUAUUUCAAGCAACUGUUUGCUCAAGUUACAAAUCCUCCUAUUGAUCCUUUCCGCGAAAAAGUAGUUAUGUCCAUGCAAUGUCCUAUAGGUCCUGAAGCGAAUCUCUUGAAACCAUCUGUCGAACAAGUACAUCGUAUUUGGCUUCCUAAUCCUAUUUUGAGCAUUCCUGAUACCAAUCUUUUGAAAAAUAAUACACAUCGUGAUUGGAAGACUAAACUGCUGGAUAUAACAUUCCCAUUUUCUGAAGGCGUGCAAGGCUAUAUUGAUUGCAUUGAUCGUACAUGCCGUGAAGGUGCUAAAGCAGCCAAUUCGGGUUAUCAGCUUUUAGUCAUUUCGGAUCGUAAUGUAGGUGAAGGUCGAGCUCCCAUUUCAGCUUUGGUAGCUCUAGGGGCGUUGCAUCAUUACUUAAUAGAAACGUAUCAGCGCAUGAAAGUCGGAAUUAUUGUAGAGACUGCAGAGGCGCGUGAAGUUCAUCAUAUAUGCGUAUUGCUGGGAUAUGGUGCUGAUGCUAUAUGCCCUUAUUUAGCGUUCGAAUUGGCCCAGAGUCUACGCAAUGAUUGCGUUAUUAGCCCUGACGUUACAGAUAAACAAAUCUACAUAGCUUACGCUCAAGCUACCGAUACGGGUAUUGCCAAAGUUAUGGCCAAAAUGGGUAUAAGCACGUUGCAAUCAUAUAAAAGUGCUCAAAUUUUUGAAGCCGUCGGCUUGGGCGACGAAGUCAUUAGCAAAUGUUUUCGCGGCACUCCGUCACGUAUUGGAGGCGUUACUUUAAACAUAUUGGCUAGAGAAAGUUUAGACCGUUACGAUAUGACGUAUUGUAAGGUUUCUCCGGACACACGUAUCCUACGCAAUCCCGGCCAGUACCACUGGCGUAGCGGUGGAGAAGCUCACAUUAAUGAGCCGGCGUCCAUAGCAAGCCUACAAGAGGCAACCAUAAAUAAUAAUUUAAAUGCAUUUGAAGCCUUUAAAGCUAGCACAUUGGAUAGCGUACGUAAAUGUGCUCUAAGAGGACAACUAGAAUUUGUGAACAAUCGAGAAAAAAUUGACCUAUCUGAAGUAGAAUCGGCAAGUGAGAUAGUCAAACGGUUUGCUACGGGAGCUAUGAGCUUUGGUAGUAUUUCUUUAGAAGCUCAUCAAACUUUAGCCGUAACUAUGAAUCGCAUUGGUGGUAAAAGUAAUACGGGUGAGGGUGGUGAAAAUGCAGAUCGUUAUCUAAAUCAAGAUCCCGAGAAUAGCCGACGAUCGGCAAUUAAGCAAGUUGCUUCGGGACGCUUUGGUGUUACUGCAUCUUAUCUGGCCAAUGCUGACGAUGGCAAGGCGGAACAUAUUGUUAUAUCAGGUCAUGAUGGCGGUACAGGUGCUAGUUCGUGGACGGGCAUUAAAAAUGCCGGUUUACCAUGGGAACUGGGUGUGGCUGAGACGCAUCAAGUACUUGUUUUAAAUAAUUUACGAUCAAGAGUUGUGGUUCAAGCUGAUGGUCAACUACGUACUGGAUUUGAUGUAGUCGUAGCUGCCUGCUUAGGAGCUGAUGAAUUUGGAUUCAGUACCGCUCCUCUCAUCGUAAUGGGUUGCACUAUGAUGCGUAAAUGUCAUUUAAACACUUGUCCGGUAGGUAUAGCUACUCAAGAUCCGGAGCUGCGUAAAAAAUUCACCGGCAAACCCGAGCAUGUCAUCAAUUUUUUCUUUAUGUUGGCCGAAGAUAUAAGGAAGAUUAUGGCUAGCUUGGGUAUUCGUAAGUUCCAAGAACUGAUAGGACGCACCGAUUUAUUGCGAGUGGCUGAAAAACGUUCCGUCAAGGCUAGUUCGUUGGACUUAAGUCUUCUUUUACAAAAUGCUUUAAAAUUGCGUCCGGGAAUCAAUAUUGUCGGCGGUUCCAUGAAACAUGAUUUCCAGUUGGAAAAACGUUCUGAUAAUUUAUUGAUUGAAAAAGCUUCUGAAGUCUUGAACGGCUCCGAGGAUAAUAUUGUUAUCAAAAUGCCUAUACGAAAUGAAGAGAGGGCCUUUGGUUCCACUCUUAGUUAUUAUAUUGCUUGUAAAUAUGGUGAAGCUGGUCUUCCCGAAAGGAAAAGUAUCGACAUCUGUUUGGAAGGCUCAGCUGGGCAGAGUUUCUGCGCCUUUCUGACGCACGGUGUUAAUGUUAUUUUAAAAGGUGACGCCAACGAUUAUGUUGGCAAAGGUUUGUGCGGCGGUACGAUUGUCAUUAUGCCGCCUGACACUGCCUCGUUUGAAUCUCAUCUAAAUGUUAUUGUUGGCAAUGUCUGCUUAUAUGGCGCCACAGAAGGCCGUGCCUAUUUUCGCGGUAUCGCUGCUGAACGUUUUUGUGUACGCAAUUCUGGCGUCAUUGCCGUGGUAGAGGGCGUAGGUGACCAUGGAUGCGAAUACAUGACCGGCGGUAUUGUUGUUGUUCUUGGUUUAACGGGGCGUAAUUUUGCAGCCGGCAUGUCAGGAGGUAUAGCUUUUGUUUAUGAUAUUGAUGGCUCAUUUAAGCCAAAAGUAAAUCCGGAAUUGGUGGAAUUAUUACCUUUGGACCUGGCUGCUGAUAUUCAACUCGUCAAAGAUUUGCUGAAAGAUUUUCAGAAAAAGACCGGUUCCGUGGUGGCCAAAAAAAUAUUAGAAAAUUGGCUUGAAGAACAGAAAAAAUUUGUGAAGGUUUUCCCUUACGAUUAUCAAAGGGCUUUGAAAGAGAUGGAAGCUGAACGUGAAGAACAUACAAAUGAUAAAGAUUCGAAAGCUUUAGAAAAUGGUAAAGCUCUAAAGGAUGAACCUACAAUUAAAGAUAUAGAGGAGGCUAUACAAGAUGUCGUAUUGGAACAAAAACGUUCUGAUCGUAUAUUAGAUAAGACGCGCGGAUUUGUGAAAUACAGACGUGAAAUGGCUCCUUAUAGAGACGCGGCGGAGCGUCAGCUGGAUUGGGAAGAAGUCUAUAACUUCCCUCAUGUCCGUAAGAAUCUAAAAAUGCAGGCUGCUCGCUGUAUGGAAUGCGGUGUCCCUUUUUGUCAGUCGAAUUCCCAUGGCUGUCCGCUUGGCAAUAUUAUACCCAAAUGGAAUGAUUUAGUAUUUCAUGAUGAUUGGAAAGAAGCUUUACGUCAGCUAUUGCAAACCAAUAAUUUCCCGGAAUUCACAGGUAGGGUUUGUCCGGCUCCAUGUGAGGGCUCUUGUGUAUUGGGCAUCUCCGAAUCACCGGUAACCAUAAAGAACAUUGAGUGUGCCAUAAUUGAUUACGCUUUCGAGAAAGGCUGGAUUGUGGCUGAACCACCUUUAGUGCGCACAGGCAAGAGAGUAGCAAUUGUUGGCUCCGGUCCCUCUGGUUUAGCGGCAGCUCAACAAUUAAAUCGCGCUGGCCAUUUUGUUACAGUUUUCGAACGUAAUGAUCGUGUAGGUGGUUUGCUGCAAUACGGUAUACCUACCAUGAAGCUAUCAAAACAGGUGGUGAAGAGACGUGUUGACCUAAUGUCGAAAGAAGGUAUAGAGUUUCGCACUAAUACUUACGUUGGAAAGGAUGUGAAAGCAAGCUUACUGAUGGAAGAAUACGACGCAAUUCUUCUUACCACUGGUGCUACUUGGCCUCGUGACUUGCCUUUGCCUAACCGCGAUUUGCAAGGAAUACACUUUGCAAUGGAAUUUCUGGAAGGUCAACAAAAGAAACAAUUAGGUAGCAAGAAGGACAUCAUAUCAGCCGAAGGAAAAGACGUCAUAAUUAUAGGCGGUGGCGAUACAGGCUGCGAUUGUAUAGCUACCUCAUUGCGUCAAGGUGCGAAGAGUAUUACUACUUUUGAAAUUCUACCUGAACCACCCAAAAACAGAGCCAACGAUAAUCCAUGGCCUCAAUGGCCUAAAGUAUUUCGCGUUGAUUACGGUCACGAAGAGGUGCGUGUUAAAUGGGGUAAUGAUCCACGACAAUAUUGCACCACAACUAAAGAGUUUAUAGGCGACAAUGGUCAUAUCAAAAGUGUCAAAACUAUAGAAGUUGAAUGGAUUAAAACGCCUGCAGGUCAGUGGAAAAUGAAUGAGAUGCCUGGAACCGAAAAAUAUUUCAAUGCUGAUUUAAUAUUAUUGGCAAUGGGAUUUUUGGGCCCAGAAAAGACGGUCCCGAAUGAACUGGGCCUAGAAUUGGACGCACGUGGUAAUAUUAAAGCCUGUAAUGGUCAGUAUGGCACCUCAAACCCUAUGGUUUUUGCUGGCGGAGAUUGCCGUCGUGGGCAAAGUCUGGUAGUUUGGGCAAUUAGUGAAGGUCGCCAGGCCGCUCGACAAGUGGACUCUUACUUGCGAGGCCAACCCAGUACCCUGCCCGGUCCAGGUGGCGUCAUUGAUUCCACGCGUUAACUCUCUAAAUAUUUCCUAAUGUUCCAUUUUAUAUUUAAACGUGUCUCUACGUAUUUUAUGUGCUAAAUAUCAUUUAUCUUUGUCUUAAUAAUUGUCUCCUAAAAAAAACUUCAUCUUAUUUAUAUAAUAAGUACGUUUCAUCAUGUAUCAGCAACUAGUUUACACAUAUAGUUAUUUAAAAGAAAAAAAGGUCGUAAUUUAUUGGUUCACCUGCAAGUUAAUUUAUUUUCUAUCUUAAUGAAAAAAAAUUUUCAAAAACCGUAAAUCAAAAAUUUCCUUUUUCC